AUGGACGUUGACAUGGACGUGGACAUGGACGUGGACGUGGACGUGGACGUGGACGUGGACAUGGACGUGGACGUGGAAAUGGACGUGGACGUGGACGUGGACAUGGACAUGGACGUGGACGUGGACGUGGACGUGGACGUGGACAUGGACGUGGACAUGGACGUGGACAUGGACAUGGACGUGGACGUGGACGUGGACAUGGACGUGGACAUGGACGUGGACGUGGACAUGGACGUGGACAUGGACAUGGACGUGGACGUGGACGUGGACGUGGACGUGGACGUGGACGUGACGUGGACGUGGACGUGGACGUGGACAUGGACGUGGACAUGGACGUGGACAUGGACGUGGACGUGGACAGGACGUGGACGUGGACAUGGACGUGGACGUGACGUGGACGUGGACGUGGACGUGGACGUGGACGUGGACGUGGACGUGGACGUGGACGUGGACAUGGACAUGGACGUGGACGUGGACGUGGACGUGGACAUGGACGUGGACAUGGACGUGGACGUGGACGUGGACGUGGACGUGGACGUGGACGUGGACGUGGACGUGGACGUGGACGUGGACGUGGACGUGGACAUGGACGUGGACGUGGACAUGGACGUGGACGUGGACGUGGACAUGGACGUGGACGUGGACGUGGACGUGGACGUGGACGUGGACAUGGAUGUGGACGUGGACGUGGACGUGGACAUGGACGUGGACGUGGACGUGGACGUGGACGUGGACAUGGACGUGGACGUGGACGUGGACGUGGACGUGGACGUGGACAUGGACGUGGACGUGGACGUGGAAAUGGACGUGGACGUGGACGUGGACGUGGACAUGGACGUGGACGUGGACGUGGACGUGGACGUGGACAUGGACGUGGACAUGGACGUGGACAUGGACGUGGACGUGGACGUGGACAUGGACGUGGACGUGGACGUGGACGUGGACAUGGACGUGGACGUGGACAUGGACGUGGACGUGGACGUGGACGUGGACAUGGACGUGGACAUGGACGUGGACAUGGACGUGGACGUGGACGUGGACGUGGACGUGGACAUGGACGUGGACGUGGACAUGGACGUGGACGUGGACGUGGACAUGGACUGGACGUGGACGUGGACGUGGACGUGGACGUGGACGUGGACGUGGACAUGGACGUGGACGUGGACGUGGACGUGGACAUGGACGUGGACAUGGACGUGGACGUGGACGUGGACGUGGACAUGGACGUGGACGUGGACGUGGACGUGGACGUGGACGUGGACGUGGACGUGGACGUGGACGUGGACGUGGACGUGGACGUGGACGUGGACAUGGACGUGGACAUGGACGUGGACGUGGACGUGGACGUGGACGUGGACGUGGACGUGGACGUGGACGUGGACGUGGACGUGGACGUGGACGUGGACGUGGACGUGGACGUGGACGUGGACGUGGACAUGGACAUGGACGUGGACGUGGACGUGGACGUGGACAUGGACGUGGACAUGGACGUGGACGUGGACGUGGACGUGGACGUGGACGUGGACGUGGACGUGGACGUGGACGUGGACGUGGACGUGGACGUGGACGUGGACAUGGACGUGGACGUGGACGUGGACGUGGACAUGGACGUGGACAUGGACGUGGACAUGGACGUGGACGUGGACGUGGACGUGGACGUGGACGUGGACGUGGACGUGGACGUGGACAUGGACGUGGACGUGGACGUGGACGUGGACGUGGACGUGGACGUGGACGUGGACGUGGACGUGGACGUGGACGUGGACGUGGACGUGGACGUGGACAUGGACGUGGACGUGGACGUGGACGUGGACGUGGACGUGGACAUGGACGUGGACGUGGACGUGGACGUGGACGUGGACAUGGACGUGGACGUGGACGUGGACGUGGACGUGGACGUGGACGUGGACAUGGACGUGGACGUGGACGUGGACGUGGACAUGGACGUGGACGUGGACAUGGACGUGGACAUGGACGUGGACGUGGACAUGGACGUGGACGUGGACGUGGACGUGGACGUGGACGUGGACGUGGACGUGGACGUGGACGUGGACGUGGACAUGGACAUGGACGUGGACGUGGACGUGGACGUGGACGUGGACGUGGACGUGGACGUGGACAUGGACGUGGACGUGGACGUGGACGUGGACGUGGACGUGGACAUGGACGUGGACGUGGACGUGGACGUGGACGUGGACGUGGACGUGGACGUGGACAUGGACGUGGACGUGGACGUGGACGUGGACGUGGACGUGGACGUGGACGUGGACAUGGACGUGGACGUGGACGUGGACGUGGACAUGGACGUGGACGUGGACGUGGACGUGGACGUGGACAUGGACGUGGACGUGGACGUGGACGUGGACAGGACGUGGACGUGGACGUGGACAUGGACGUGGACGUGGACGUGGACGUGGACAUGGACGUGGACGUGGACGUGGACGUGGACGUGGACGUGGACGUGGACGUGGACGUGGACGUGGACGUGGACUUGGACGUGGACAUGGACGUGGACGUGGACGUGGAAAUGGACGUGGACGUGGACGUGGACGUGGACGUGGACGUGGACGUGGGACAUGGACGUGGACGUGGAUGGGGACAUGGACGUGGACGUGGACGUGGACGUGGACGUGGACAUGGACGUGGACAUGGACAUGGACGUGGACGUGGACGUGGGACGUGGACGUGGACGUGGACGUGACAUGGACGUGGACAUGGACGUGGACGUGGACGUGGACGUGGACGUGGACGUGGACGUGGACGUGGACGUGGACGUGGACAUGGACAUGGACGUGGACGUGGACGUGGACGUGGACUGGACGUGGACGUGGACGUGGACGUGGACGUGGACGUGGACGUGGACGUGGACGUGGAUGGACGUGGACAUGGACGUGGACGUGGACGUGGACGUGGACGUGGACGUGGACGUGGACGUGGACGUGGACGUGGACGUGGACGUGGACGUGGACGUGGACGUGGACAUGGACGUGGACGUGGACGUGUGGACGCGUGGACGUGGACGUGGACGUGGACGUGGACGUGGACGUGGACGUGGACGUGGACGUGGACGUGGACAUGGACGUGGACGUGGACGUGGACGUGGACAUGACGUGGACGUGGACGUGGACGUGGACGUGGACAUGGACGUGGACGUGGACGUGGACGUGGACGUGGACGUGGACGUGGACAUGGACGUGGACGUGGACGUGGACUUGCAUGGACGUGGACGUGGACAUGGACGUGGACGUGGACGUGGACGUGGACGUGGACGUGGACGUGGACGUGGACGUGGACGUGGACGUGGACGUGGACGUGGACGUGGACGUGGACGUGGACGUGGACGUGGACGUGGACGUGGACGUGGACGUGGACGUGGACAUGGACGUGGACGUGGACGUGGACGUGGACGGAAUGGACGUGGACGUGGACAUGGACGUGGACGUGGACGUGGACGUGGACGUGGACGUGGACGUGGACGUGGACAUGGACGUGGACGUGGACGUGGACGUGGACGUGGACGUGGACGUGGACGUGGACGUGGACGUGGACGUGGACAUGGACGUGGACAUGGACGUGGACGUGGACGUGGACGUGGACGUGGACAUGGACGUGGACAUGGACGUGGACGUGGACAUGGACGUGGACGUGGACGUGGACAUGGACGUGGACAUGGACGUGGACGUGGACUGGACGUGGACGUGGACGUGGACGUGGACGUGGACGUGGACGUGUGUGACGUGGACGUGGACGUGGAUGUGGACGUGGACGUGGACGUGGACGUGGACGUGGAAUGGACGUGGACGUGGACGUGGACGGACGUGGACGUGGACGUGGACGUGGACAUGGACGUGGACGUGGACGUGGACGUGGACGUGGACGUGGACGUGGACGUGGACGUGGACAUGGACGUGGACAUGGACUGGAUGGACGUGGACGUGGACGUGGACGUGGACGUGGACAUGGACGUGGACAUGGACGUGGACAUGGACGUGGACGUGGACGUGGACGUGGACGUGGACGUGGACGUGGACGUGGACAUGGACAUGGACGUGGACGUGGACGUGGACGUGGACGUGGACGUGGACUUGA